GAUGAAGACAAUAUCGUACCAAAUAUUACAGAUUAUAAUACAAUAUUGACACUUGCUUUCAUGUCAUCAAAUGCAUAUUAUGAAACUCCAAAGAAUAAUAAGGAUUGGUAUAAUCUAUCUUCCCCAUGGAAUAACAAUGGUAACUUUGAUCUCAAUAAAAGCACUGAUGGGGUAAGAGGACAAAUUUUUGUUGAUAAUUACAAUGAAACAAUGGUUAUAGCGAUCAAAGGGAGUGAAGCGGGAAGCACAAGCACCAAUGAUAAACUCAAUGAUAACUUACUAUUCAGCUGUUGCUGUGCUAGAAUUAGUUAUCUAUGGACCACAGUUUGCGAUUGUUAUAAAAGUUCAUAUAAUUGUAAUGAAAAAUGUCUUGAAUUAGAAUUGUAUCGUAAUGAUAGAUACUAUAAGCAAACGUUGAGGUUUUUUCUUGAUAUAAUCAAAAUGUAUCCUGGUAUUGAAAAUAUCUUUGUGACCGGUCAUUCUUUAGGUGGGUCCUUGAGCUCUCUAUUAGGAAGAACGUUUGGUUUGCCUGUGGUUACAUUUGAAGCAGUUCCUGAGCUCUUAGCUACCAAAAGACUACACCUACCAAUGCCUCCAGGUUUACUAAAGGACUAUGAAAAUAUUUAUCAUUUUGGAAAUAAUGCAGACCCAAUAUAUUUAGGAACAUGCAAUGGAGUCAGCAGUAGCUGUUCCAUUGCAGGUUAUGGAUUUGAAACACAGUGCUUCUCUGGCAAAACCUGUGUUUACGAUGUGGUUAGAGAUAAAGGAUGGACUGUGAACAUUUUGAAACACAGCAUCAAGUUUAUGAUAGAGCAGGUGAUUGGAGGUUACCAGCAA